UGAUUUAUAUAUCUAAAUUACACAUAAUGUUUGUACAUUGUACGUGUUUAAAUAUUUGUUUUCUUUUAAUUAAAUUAAAUAUUUUUAUAAAUAAAAAAACAUGUCACUCCCUGAAGCUAUAACUGAUGUACAUGCUGUAAAAAUUUCACAUGUUUAUCUCCAGCCUUUUUUAUUUUGGCCUAAUCGGGGCAUAGUCACAAAAUGCCUAAAUUUCUAACUUAAGGUGCCUGUAAUUUCAUGUGGAGCGAUAAAAAAAGUGUUGUGUUUUUUCUGUAUUCAGGGAAGCCAUCUUAAAAAGCUAUGAAUUUAACUCAAAAGAAUAUUUUUUGUACUCAAAGCAAUUGUAUCACCUUCAACAAGGGAGUUAAAAUUUUCUGAAUCGUCAAAUUUUCAUCUUCAAUGAUAUUGAAUACAACAUCUGAUUCAAAUUGCUUAAAAAAAACACUGGUUUGCUGCAGCUGUAAUACUUUUCUGCCAAAAACUCGUAUUCAGGGGGUUAGUUAUACACCCUUAACUGUAAGUAAUAUAUAAAAAGUUAAAAAAAGAUAGGCCUACCUUAAAUGUUAUAAAAUAGUUUAUUAUUUUGAACAUUUAUGUUUUCAUUAUAGUGAAUGAAAAUAAUUCUAAUUUGUUUUGUUAUUUGUCCAUUUCUCAAGGUGAUACAAAUAAAUAGAUGAGAUUAUAGUAUUGUAUUUUUAACAUAGAAUAACCUUAUAAUUCAUGAUGCAAUUGACCAUUUUUGUUUUAAUUUAGUUGCUGACAAAAGAGAAAAGUUUGAUAAACACAUCUGUGGCCAGUUUCCUCGGCGGAUUUGCAGCCGGAGUCUUCAUGACCCCUCUCGAUGUGAUCUCAACAAGACUAUACAACCAAGGAGUUGAUGCUCAGGGGCGGGGCCUGUUGUACAGCAGCUACGUCGACUGUGUGCGCAAAGUGUGGGCAAAGGAAGGUCUCUUCGGCUUGUACAAAGGAUUCGUGCCCUGCUUUGCCAGAAUCGGACCUCAUACAAUGCUGUGUCUUGUGUUCUGGGACUUACUGAAAGAUGGCCAAAAGACUUUGAUGGAGAGAUUCGAACAGAGUGACAAAGAUGUCAGUUAGUACCGGAUAAAAGGGUGUAAAUUUGUUUGGAACAAAAUAGACAGUGUAGAUUUCUUGUAUUUGCAAACUAGUCAGGAUAAUGUUGUUGGAACUAUUGGAGUACUGGACUUUUAGAACACAAGUUAAUUUCGGUGAUUUUAGAGCAUGUGGCGACUAAAAUCUUUUUUUGAGGAUUUUUUGAAAUGUUACAUUUGAAAUUUGUAUGUUUAUAAAAUGUAUUAGAAUUACAUUUAUCACCGACUGGAGAAAUCGUAAUGUGCUUUUUGUAAUACUUUUUAUAUUUGGAAUGUAUAAAAAAAUUAAAAUUCCUUACUUUAAAAAAAGAUUUGUUUUGUUGACUUUUUUUGGAUUAUGCUAAUCAAAAUUUGAUAUAUGUUUAUGUAUUAAUUUACCAUACAUAAUGAUUGAUAAUGUAAUUAAUUUUGGUUGAACUGUUUGGUUGUAUUUAACAUAAAAUGAGAUUAAAUAACAAUUUUAUGUUAGUAAAGACUGAUCUUUAAUUAUUUUAAAUAAGUUUUAAUCUAAAAUGUCCAACAUAGUUAGAUGUUUAUUGUUUAGGAUAACAAUAUAUCUGUGUUCAAUGUUACACAAUGGUUAGACUGAGAUUACUGUUGAGCUUUACACUAUAAUUGUUAUGAAUUCAUCAGUUUUGUUAUUAUUGUACAAUUGUUACCAAGCUUGUGAUUUACUAUGUAUAUAUAAAAGUACCAAGUUUUCAAAAUUGUUUUGUUCACCAAAAUAAACCAUACAAUACUUUUUAGCUCAACGACUACAGCAUAAAGUUCUUACUUUGUUUCUUGAUUAUUUAAAACACACCAACUAAAAAUAACUUUCUCAACAUUCUUUUUUUGGAACAUACCAUAAUUUCUUGCAUUCCUAAAAUAACGUUUUAUAAUUUCAUUAUAGUUCGUUUAGUCUUAAUUGAGAAAGUUGUAAACACUAUUAAACAAGUUUUUAAAUGUUUGGAAAUUAAAUAGUUUUACUCAUAUUUUCUCAUUGAACACAAGUGAAUGGUGCGUUGUAAGUUAUUACCAAAUGUUAGCCAUAUAUAUUAUAUAUACAAACUUAAGUUUGUUUUGCACAUUUUUGUGCAUGCAGGAUGAGUACAUUAAUUUGCUGCACGUUGUUUUUAAUGUUAUGAGAAUAUACAAAUAUAUUUUUUAUAAAUGUUGCUGUAGAUUUGUUUAAGUUAUGUGAUAAAUGUUAUUAUUUGUA